GUUAGCCUGAAUUUGGAUUGCAGUUUUUUUGAACGGAUCAAGCUGAAUUCUAAAUGCGUUCAGCGAUUGAUUUCAGAUGUGUGUCCCCCAAAUGAAGAAUAUCGCGUGUGCGGGAAUGUCUGUCAAGAAAUCUGUACCAACAGAGGGCCGUUACUAUGCCACACAAAUUGUACAGAAGGGUGCUUCUGCAAAAAGGGCUACGUUCGAUUCACACGGCACGGUCAAUGCGUUCCUGAAGAUAGCUGCAAACGUAAGAUCAUCUUCAUGAACAAAUAA